AUGUGCAUUGUUCACGCCCUAUGCCUCCAAACCAGUUGCUCCAACUCGCCCAAAAGUGGUCCCUUCCUACUCUCGCUGCUUCCGCUGUCUUCAUGCCAGCAUCCGUGCACAAAAAAAAAAACUUCUUGCACGCAUCCCUGUUAUUGUUGUCAUGUCCCGCUGCCGUUUCAUCAUGCCAUGCGCCCCACGUUUGCAAAUAUCCGACUCGGCUGUGCAAGGAGCCACAUCACCGCAGCACAAGAACGCCGCAACACCUUCAUGGCGAAUGACCAGUAA